AUGGAUGACACUGAGGAUGAUGCAAGGUACCCACCCAACUUGUACGAAAAUCACCAACAGCAGAAGCUUCGAGUUGUUGAUCAGUACGGUAGUGAUGAUGAUAAUGAUGAGGAGGAUCCAUCCAUAGAUGAUGAUGAAGAAUUGGUAGACAAUGAGGGUGGAGAGAACAAUAAUCUGAAUAAUGGUAAGGUUCAUUUGGGAAAAGAUGUAGAAGAUGUGGAUGAUGAUGACAACAUUGAGUUUGACGAUGAUCAUGUUGAUGAUGAUGAUGAUGAUAGUAACGAGAAGAAGUAUGAUGCUGCUGCUGAUGUUGACAAUGCUGCUAAUUUGGUAAGGCACCCAAAGAAACGGAAACUAAAGAGCCUGGUAUCAAGUUAUGAAUUUGCCCCACGUGUGCCACCACCACCACCACUUCCAAUUGCAUCUAUUCUUUCGUCGAAACCUUCUUUUGCAGGGAGAAAUCCUCUCACUGACUGGACCGAACAAGAAACAUUUGUCCUACUAGAUUCUUGGGGAGACAAGUUCCUACAACGUGGGAGGAAGAGUCUCCGCUCAGACGAAUGGCUAGAAGUCGCAAAGAAGGUAUCAGAAGUAUCUAAAGUUGAGAGAACCGACACCCAAUGUAGGAACCGAUUGGAUACCUUGAAGAAGAAAUACAAGAAAGAGAAGGGUAGAUUAGUGGGGAGUUUGAGCAAUAGAUGGGUGUAUUUCAAGAAGAUGGAUAUGCUGAUGUCGACCUCUGCACAACUAGGUGGGAGCGGACUACUGUCUUGUGGUUUGGAUUCCGGGGAGUAUGUUUUCAGCAACCCCAGAGUGUAUCUCAACCGGCCCAAUGGGUUGGACGAGAUGAGGGAUAGUCCGGGCAACUCAGAUGAUGAUGAUGAUAAUGACGAAGAAGAGGAUGAUUCAGAUGGGCUCCCGCCAAAGAAGAGGUGGUCCAGAAGGGACCAGAACGAGGAGGGGUCCGAAUUCAGAUUGCUGGCUGAUUCGAUCGAGAAGUUCAGUGAGAUAUAUGAGAAGAUCGAGAUGAGUAAGCGGCAACAGAUGGUGGAGCUGGAGAAGAUGAGGAUGGAUUUCCACAAGGAUUUAGAGAUGCAAAAGAGAGAGAUCAUGGAGAGAGUGCAGUCCGAGAUAGCCAAGAUUCAGGAAGAAGAUUCUGGGGUCGAGGAGCAACCCGGGAUCUCAGUGGAGGAUGCUAGUGGAUGA